CCAAUAGGAACAGAGGUGUCGGAGCCGCAGGUUGGUGUCCCCAGCUGGGGUGAUCUGGCGCAGAGUGGAGGAGGCGCUUGCGGCUCGCUCCUGCUCCUCCCCUCUCCUUGCGGCCUCCCGGAGGUCUGCCCAGCUCCAGUGGCCUCCCGUGAAAUGUGGAUGACGCCCAAGAGGAGCAAAAUGGAAAUCGACGAGUCUCGGGGGUUCCGGGCCGAGUGGACACAGCGGUACCUAGUGGUGGAGGCUCCGGAGGGCGAGGGCGCCCUGUGCCUGGUGUGUCGCCGCCUGGUCGUAGCCACCGGCGAACCCGACGUCAGGCACCACUACGAGGCCGAGCACGACUAUUACGAGCGGUAUGUGGCGGAGGGCGAGCGCGCGGCCCUGGUGGAGCGUCUGCGUCAGGGCGACUUGCCCGAGGCCGCCGCGCUCACUCCGGAGGAGAGAGCUGCUCGUGCAGGUCUCGGGCUCGCCCGCCUCUUGGCCUUGAAGGGUUGCGGCUGGGGCGAGGGGGACUUUGUGCACCGGUGCAUGGAGGUGAUGCUGAGAGAUGUGCUGCCCGAUCACGUAAGCGUUCUGGAUGGCAUUGAUUUAUCUCCGGAGAUCACGCGGCAGAGGGUCCUAGACAUUAACCAAAAUCUACGCAGUCAGCUUUUUAACCGAGCCAAGGACUUUAAAGCCUAUUCCCUUGCCUUGGAUGACCAGGCUUUUGUGGCCUAUGAGAACUACCUCCUGGUCUUUGUCCGCGGCGUAGGCCACGAUUUGGAGGUGCAAGAAGAGCUUCUGACCAUAAUCAACCUGACUCAUCACUUCAGUGUUGGUGCCCUCAUGGCGGCAAUCCUUGAGGCCCUACAGACGGCAGGGCUUAGCCUGCAGCGGAUGGUUGGACUGACCACGACCCACACUCUGAGGAUGAUUGGUGAGAACUCAGGACUGGUGUCAUACAUGAGAGAAAAGGCUGUAAGCCCCAACUGUUGGAAUGUGAUCCAUUAUUCAGGAUUUCUUCACUUGGAACUGUUGAGCUCCUACGAUGUAGAUGUUAAUCAAAUCGUAAAUGCCAUAUCUGAAUGGAUAGUUUUAAUUAAGACCAGAGGCGUUAGGCGGCCGGAAUUUCAGGCUUUACUAACUGAAUCUGAAUCAGAGCACGGUGAAAGGGUUAAUGGACGCUGUCUGAACAAUUGGCUUAGAAAAGGGAAGACCUUAAAACUAAUAUUUUCCUUAAGAAAAGAGAUAAAAACAUUCUUGGUUUCGAUAGGGGCAACAACGGUCCAUUUCACAGACCACGAAUGGCUUUGUGACUUUGGCUUCUUGGUGGAUAUUAUGGACCACCUUCGAGAACUCAGCGAACUAUUGAGAGUGAGUAAAGUCUUUGCUGCUGCUGCCUUUGACCAUAUUUGUGCGUUUGAAGUGAAGCUGAAUUUACUUCAGAGACAUAUUGAGGAAAAAAAUCUAACACACUUUGCCGCCUUGAGCCAAGUUGUUGAUGAGCUUAAAGGGCAUCUUCAAGAAGACGAAAAAAUACUCGAUCCUGAUAGGUAUCGAGUGGUGAUCUGUCGCCUACAAAAAGAGUUUGAGAGACAUUUCAAGGACCUCAAGUUCAUUAAAAAGGACUUAGAACUUUUUGCAAAUCCAUUUAGCUUUAAACCUGAAUAUGCACCUAUUUCAGUAAGGGUGGAGCUAACAAAACUUCAGGCAAAUACUAACCUUUGGAACGAAUACAGAACCAAAGACUUAGGGCAGUUCUAUGCCGGAUUGUCUGCUGAAUCUUACCCGAUUAUCAAAGGGGUUGCCUGUAAGGUGGCAUCCUUGUUUGAUAGUAGCAAAAUCUGUGAAAAGGCUUUUUCAUAUUUGACUCGGAACCAACACACUUUAAGCCAGCCAUUGACAGACGAACACCUCCAUGCCCUGUUUCGGAUUGCCACCACUGAAAUAGAGCCGCAUUGGGAUGAUCUUGUGAGACGAAGAAAUGAAUCAAAUCCAUAAACUUUUGUAGUACAACAUUGAAACACUCAACAAGAGUCCAAUUCUAAAAGCAAACAUCUGUUUGAUUUUCAAGUUUACUAAUUUGGAUUGUGGGAAAGCACCACAUUAUUCAUCCAAAUUGAUCACAAUUCAAAUUCUUCAGACAUAUUUUUUUUUCCAUAUCAAGAGGCAGCAUGGGACUGAAACAUGCAGACACCUUUUUUUAAAACUUAAUUUGAUGGCAAAGUCAUUAUCUUUUGCUUUUAUGAUACAACUGUUUUUAAAGACAUUUAGUACUAAUAAUGUGAGUUGAAUUAGAAGUCUGUUUUUAAGGUGUUUCGAAGAAACUUUAGCUCUUAUUUUAACAAAGUGUUAAAAUUCUGAUGCAUAUAGUCUUAAAUUAUCAACUGCUUAAAUAUAUGUUUGAGCCAAUUUGCAGAAACUCACAUAGCAAGUGCAGAAGUUUCUGAAAAGGAGGAACGUACAUACAGUGGAGGUAUUUUGUCAAACUGUCAGAAUGUUUGAGACUAUUUUUUUAGACAUAUUUCUGAGUCUGAAGUAAAUAUUGACAUAUUUCCUCCCUCUCACCUCCCUCCCACCCGCCCUAGCGAUAAUGAUAUUACUAAUACAGAAAAUAAGCACGUAAAAUUUUAGUCAGAGGAGCAAGAAUUUUUUUUUAAUUGCUAGUUUAGGAGGCUUCCUGCAGUCUGGAGAUCAGACUAACCAAUUUUUGGAAGUUUCCCCUGAAUUUUUCACAAUUGGGUGCUGUUUUAUGAGCUUGCCUACUAAAGGACUACGCAAAUUCAAGGAACCAGAAUACAAACAAGAAUUUAGAAGGAACUGAAGCCUGAGCUAUCAAAAUAGAUGCCAUAAAGAGCCCAAGAACCAAAAUUCUGCCAGUGGUUCUCAACCAGAGACGGUAUGCCCUCUUUCCAGAGGAUGUUGGGAGACAUAAAGGGGACUGUUUUAAUUGUCACACUUAUUGAGGGAAGUUCUGCUGGCAUGUCAGCAUGAACGACACCCCAUCCCCCACAGUGCAUAGGACAGCACAGCACAAUGAAGACUUAUUCCUCCCAAAGUGCCAGUAGACCCCCUGUGUAGAUUCUCUUAUAUUUCGAGGGACAGGGCAAAUUACCGGUAGAAGCAGAAUUAGAAGGGCAAGUUGGGAAGACUGAUAAUACUUGAUAAGGGACACUAAUUCCAACAUUCCAAGUUUGGCUGGUAAGAUGCAGUCAAGGCCUUGCUAGGUUCUGGUAGCUCACAAUAGCAUUUAUAACUCAGUAAUUGGUAUUGAACCAGAUUAAAGGGCUCUGUUCUAUUAUACAUAAUUGGUAUAGGGCAGAAAAGAACGUGUAAUGUAUUACUAAGAUACUUAGCAAGAAGGGUCAAGUUAAGAUUUGGGUUAACAGGAAGUAAACUUAAAUAUCUGGAAAAACAACAUAGUGAAAAACCAAACAACAACAACAAAAAUCUACCGGUAGUUUCCCAAUAGUUUGGUGUAUUCUCUUUCAUGCAGGUGCUUUAUUGAAAGGAUAAUUGGAAGACCUGAAAGCUGCUUCUGCUUUCUAACCCCAGUUCCUUAAAUAUUGAACUCUUGUACAUUUUGUGAAGUUCCACUAUAUAUUUUGCUUAAGGUAAUAAUAAGAUUAGUUAUAUAGUCAGUGAAUGUGGGGGAGGCAUAAGCUAAGAAUUUUAAAUUCACCCUGAACAAUAGAGAAUUGCCAUAAACUAGUCUUUGUAAAACAGAAAAAAAAAAGUGUGUAUUUUACUGUUUUCUGUACUAAGUAAUUCUGUAACUGCAUGGCAGUCUUUAAAAAUUUCUUUUUAUAAAAUAGUUGUUAACUAGUCCUGUUGUAUCAGUGAAUAUAGUUAAAAUAAGUACUAUUUUUAAAAAACUCUGUGUCCCCAUAUCUCCCAUUCCUACUAGUUUUCUUAAAAGAUUUGUCUGUGUUUCCACUGUCCCGUAUUGCUGCUCAGACUGCUCUACCAAGCUUACUAAGUCCUUGUCAAUAUUCCUACCCUCUUUACCCCACUGGCCACGCUUCAUUAAAUACUUGUUUAGUUUGGCUUCAGGGAGAUACCAUCUCCAAGUAUGCUUUCUCAGUCUUCUUUGCAGGUACCUCUUUCCCUUAAACAUCUGUGUCCUUGGGAUUUUUAAAUUUGGUUUUAAGCUGUCUUAUUCUACAUCAUCUCCGUAGCUGAUCUCUUUUUUCUUUCAUGGCUUCACUUACCAACUUUAUGCAAAUGACUCCCAAAUUCAUAUCUCCUUUCUAGACCUUUCCUGAUUCCUAUAUCUAAUUGCUAACUUAAGUCCACUUUGCUGUCUCAUAGGCACCACAACAUGUCCUUGACCUUGCCCCCCAAACCUGCUCGUCCUUUCCUGGUCCCUCUCUCAGUAAAUGGCACCACCACUGCCAACCAUUCAGUUGCCCUGACCCGAGCCCCAAAACCAGUUAGCCAUGACUUUUCCCUCUUCAUCACAUCCACUCACACACACCUUUCUGUUAAGCCUGUUGCCUAAACUUUCCUUGAUUCUACAAUGCUAUCCUGAUCAAGGCCAUCAACCUACCUAUAUUAUAGCACGGGCCUUCUCAGGCUCCAUUUCUCUGGUUGUGAUCCCUUUCACAAUGCAGCCAGAUUUUUCCAAAAGACGUAUCUGGUCAUAUCACUCCUCUGCUUUCACCAGUGCUCUUAGGAUACGGCUGUUCAAGUUUCAGUUUAUAUGCCACUUCCUCUAGGAAGCCUUCAUCAAUACCCUCUAGACUAGGUUCCCCUACUGUGCACUCCCUAAAUACCCUGUUCUUCACCAGCCAUAUACUUAGCACACUUUGUUGUUUCUUCUUAUUGAUCAGUGCUAGACUGUAAGCUUCACAAGGGCUGGGACCAUAUAUAUGCCUGCACACUGCUGUAUCUAGUGCUUAGCACAAUGCCUGACAUUUCAAUAAAUGUUUGGAUGAAUAAAUACUUGUAUAGUGCUUUACGAUCUUUGCAGCCCUUUCAUAGUCUCCUUUGACCUUCACAGUGGUCCUGCUGUACCUGCUUGCUGGGUAAUUGUUAUCCACAUAUUACAAAUCAAGAAAUGAAACUAAGUUCUUUGUGACUAGGGAAUUGUAUUCCUAGAAUAUAGUUCAGUGCUUGGCAUGUGGCUCAAAUAUUUACUAUGUGAAUGUUGUUGAGGAAACAAACUUAGAUUGCAGUUUGCCCUAGUAAACGCAAGUAGUAAAGCUGAGUAUACUCACAUAAAUCCACCAUGUAAUAUUGUCUUUACCUCCUUGAUGUAGAAGUCUUAAUUUUUUUUUUUUUAAAUUCCUAAAGGGAGGCUUGCAAAGGAACCUGGAUGAGAAAGAUUGGACAACUAUUUAGUGGACUAAAACAAUACCUCAGUAAUUAAAAAGUUGCAUUCAGUAUUGGAAAAAGAUAAUGCUGCUUAAGAGUUAAUAUCCAUUUUCCUUCUGUAAGCAUCAACCCUAGGAGAAAAUGGCAUCUUAUUUACUUGCUCUUUUCCUUUACAGAUAAUUUCUGGCUCUUCUGGGAUUUUAAAGUAAGUAAAUUUAACAAAAUGUUAGAAGAAUGACUCAGUCAGCCCUUCUGGUCACUAGAUAUUCAGUUCACUUGCUUUCCUACCUGCAGAAUGUCCUCAUCACCUCCCCAAGGAAGGUAAUCCGAAAGUGACAUCUGGUCAAUAUGUACUUCUUAGAUUUGCUACGUUUCUUUGCUUUCUUGUUCGCAUGCCUCUCUGAACUUACUUUCUGGGUAACUUGGGCUUUCAGGCUUUGUGGGAGAGCCAUACCCUUAGUCUCUUUUUCCCUGAGCCAUUUUUUUCCAGUUUAAGGGAUUAACCAGUGUUACACUCUUAGUUGGACUUUUAAUCUGAGGCCCAUUAACUAAUUCAGAGGUUUUAACAGUAGGUGUGAUAGUCAUCCAGUGAUUUGAUCCUUGCUGCAAAAGUGGGUUUUAGUCAACCUUUGGCGUAUAGGAUUUCUCGCUUUUAUCUCUUUGUAAUUGAGAAGUAGCUUCUUCCUACCCAGUAAGUACUUGAGUUUGUGAACUCUCUUUAUUCCCUUGCUUUUUUGCUUGCAAACUGAUUAAUUCUUUUCUGAGUUCAUCUCUUUCCUGUCUAUUUUGUCAAAUGGGGCCAACAGCAACCAUAACAUAUUUUGUUUUCUUGUCUUUUUUUUUUUUUUUUUCCUUGAGUAAAGUAUAGAUUCUCUGCCUUCCAGGUUCUCUCCGGACAGUUUCAUCACUCCAUUAACAUGCAUCGCCCCUGCAUAAGUUAUUUCUUCCAUCUUCCACUAGCAAUUUCCUGAAUGCCUGCCAACUAAGCCAAUGUUCAGUAUGCUAGGUUUUUCAAAAACAGAACCAGUUUCUGUAUCAGAAUGGCCUAGGUUGCUGUGCGGUAACCCCAAAAUCCCAGCUUUUCUCUUGUAGUUUGGCUAGGGGCUUUGCUCUAAGUCAGGAAUUGAAGAACUAUGGCCAUGGGCAAAAUCUGUCCUGCUGCCUGUUACUGUAAAUAAAGUUUUAUUGGAAAAUAGCCUUGCCCGUUUGUUUAUGUAUUGUCUGGCUGCUUUUGCUCUACGGUGGCAGAGUCGCGUGGUUGUGGAAGAAAGUGUCUGGCCCACAAAGGCUAAAAUAUUUACUGUGUGACCCUUUACAGAAAACGUUCACUGAUCCCUGCUCUAAGUGGUCCUCAUUCUAGGACUCAGGCUGACCAAGCAGAUCUCAUGUAUGGUGUGGCUGCUCAUUUUGGGAAAUGAAAAAGUCUGACAAAUCACUUAUAGGCCGGCCCUUAAAGCACUUUCACUGGCCAAAGGAAAUCACAUGGCCACUCCAGAGUUCAAGGAGGAGUGUAAUCCUUCCUCGUGCCUUGGAAGAGAACCCGAAAUACUUGGAAGACAAAACUACCGACUACACAUAUAGUUAUAUCUCCCUAUUUAUAAAAUUUCUUUGAAAAUAUUUUUUCUUUUUAAUUGAGGUGAAAUUACAUUCAGUAAAAUGCAAAUAUUUCAUGUACACCUCAGUGGACCCAUCACCCAAAUCAAGAUAUUGAACAUUUCUCGUACCCCGAUCAGUGCCCUGUGCUCCCCACACACACAAAUAACCGCUAUUCUGACCUUUAUCACCAUGGAUUACUUUUGUCUGUUUUAAAGCUUCAUGUAAAUGUAAUAAUUAUAUGUACUCUUGUUCAACAUUGUGUCUGUGAGUCAUCCAUGUUGCGUGUAGCAGCAAUUCGUUUUUUACUUCUGUGUAGUAUACCAUUGUAUGACUUACACCACAAUUUAUGAAUCCAUUCUACUGUUGAUGGAAAUUUUAGUUGUUUCCAGUUUGUGGUUAUUAUGAAUAAAGUUGCUAUGAACAUU